CCACCUGCUUUAAAAAAGUCGCAUAAUGAAUUGAACCAAUCAUAAGAAUUGGAAUCAUUAGUUAUUUAACGUAUAUAGACGCUUUAUAUUUAAGUCAAGUUUCCUUCCAUUGAAAAUAAAACUUCGAGACAGUUUCGAUCCUGAGAAACUACAAGAUCGCUGGAAGAAGCUACUGUCCAAAUUUUGGGAAAGCUUCAAUGGAAAGCUAGCAUUCAUACAUGACGAUUGUGUUAUUUUACUGUAACCCUAUGAGAAAGUAAUAACUGGCCUAUAUCUAUUGCUCGUGAAAUAAUUUCGACGAUUACUCAAUUUCAAAGGUUUGCCGUUAUUGAAAGUAGAGACGUUUCUGCGCAUGACUUCUUUACAAUGAAGAGAAAGCACGGCACAAUGAAAAAGUGGUUAAUUGGGGAAAAAGGUGAGAAAGGUGAAGAACGCAUUUGCCCAGAGAGACAUUUGACCCAAAUAGAAUGGUGUUCUGCUUUGACCAAAGACUUACGAAGCAAGAAAAAACGUCGUUAUGACUACAUUUCUGAUUAUGAAUGCCCUUUUCCUCAUCCCAUCAAUAUGACAAAAUUAUGGAAAAAAGGCGUUUGUCAAACGCAGUGGAACGCCUUGCAGAAAGCAAAACAGCAAGGCUAUGGUAUUCCCAUUGAGAAAUUGGCGCAUUUCACGAGUGAAAAAAUUUCGAAUUCGAUCAUUGAAGACGGAGGUUUUCGAGGUCAAGAGAAGAAAAUAAACAUGAAAAGAAAGCGAGAUGUGAUUGCCAACCUGUCAUGGUGGAGUCCAGUUUUCCCUGACGAUGUCCCCGAAAAACUGCAAGACCACUUAAGCAAACACUUGUCCAAGUUUGCUGAGACAGGGGUGGACGAUUUUGAUGGCAUAAGAAGUCAGUUUGCAACAUCCCAAGCGUUUCGAACAAGAAAAAAACGCCAUAGGAAAUGUUACUUUCAAUUUCCCAUCUCGUCAAUUUUACGUCACUAUAGAAAUUACAUAGGACUGGAAAACGAUGUCCAGUUCAUUAUCCUUGGGACCUUCCUCUACGAAAACGAAAUAAUGCACGCCGUCCUAGUAUGGAGCAAAGGAAUAGAAGGUCAUGAGCAAUUUUCCAGAUAUCCAGUAAUACCAGAGAAAGGGAGCAUCAUAACAAGAGAUGAUAAUGGUCGUUGGAUGUGGUAUCCACAGGCAACGACCAGAAAGAAAAUCAAACGAUUCAAAAGAUUCUCCAAAAUUGAUGAGGAUGAUGUAGAGCAUGCUCUCUGGGAAAACGUGGCUUUUGCAUUCUAUCUGCGUCCAAACGACGUGUUUAAAGUCGAUUUAAAAGGACAAUUGUGCACUUUAUAAUAAUCUCUUUUUCAAAAAGGAUAGUAGAUAACAAAUACCGAGUUCUUAAUUUAUUUCUUCCAAAUACGAUAGAAUUGUGUGAUUUUUGACGCACAGAAACAUAUCACAGUAUUAAUAAAUUAGUAAUGGACGUAAUGCCAGCGUUCCUAUACGACUGUUUACGAAGGUGAGAAAUUAAGAACGAAUGGUCGCCAGUAUGGUAAUCUCAUAAGCGUCACACUCAGAGUUUGAAAGAAAUCAUUAAAACCAUGAUCGAAAUUAAAACAAAAGAACUUUUUGCAAUGAAUCGAGAGCAAAUGGUGUGUUUUCAUGACUUGAAAACUGCUAUGUUGGUAGAUUACUUCAAACUUCUCACUUUAACCCUUUAGCACAAUAGUUAUUUUUUUGCAAUAAAGGAUUUAAAAUACAAUUUCAACUAAACUUUUGAAAAGAAAACACCGGUACUGAGAAAAAUGUUUGAACUCGAGCACUUUCAAGCACAUCUUAUUAAAUUGAAGUACUUUUAAGGCUUUGAAUUUUCCAAUUUAAAUUCAAGGACAUUCACGUUUUGUACUAAUCCAUCUAAGACAAAGAAAUUGAAAAAAAA